GACAGACAGACGCCCAGGAUGACGAGUGCGGCGCCGGCCAGGAAGCCGUAUCGAAAGGCUCCACCGCAGCACCGUGAGACGCGCCACACCCUGCCCACCGCUCCGCCGCCACCUGCGCCGCAGACCGAAAUAAACCAGCAUAUCCAGUCUGGAGCUCUGCAUCCCGCCCACGCCGCUCUUCAGUAGCCACACCCACCAACCCGCCCGGACCAGGACCACGGCCGUCGGUGUCACAGCAUCAGACUGCCGUGCCACGACUCCUUACCGCGAUCCGAGGCUGCAGCUCACCACGAGGAGCAACGCCAGCGGAGGACACUGGAGUCUGUCGGGAUGUCGAAGCCCCGCCAGGAGACACUCGCCAAACUGCAGCCCCCGAAGAGGGCGGCGCCGGACCAGCACCGAUGUCUGGACCAGCAGCACCCCGAAGAGCAUCCUGAAGCAGCCGGGCUCGCUGCAGCGUACCUACGACAUCAUGAGGAAGUCCAAGUCUGUGGAGCUGCUGGAUGACAUCAGGAGGCGGGGAAGCCGUCACCCGCCAACCCGCUCUCUGGACCGAGCAGAACCGCGGACGGCGCCAGGGUCGCGCUGGUCCUCAACCCCGUCCUCCCCCUGCAGGAGCGACUGGAACUGGAGGAUACAGGUUCUGGAGGAGAAGGUCCGCUUUUCCAACUUCCUAGAUGAGAUCACCUGCAGAGUCCUGAGCCCUGACCGCCUCACGCAGCUGGGCAGGUCGCGUUCUGGAGGACAUGGAAGCCCCACCCACGAGCGCCGGGGCCCCCGCUUGGCUUCCAGGGGCCAGCACCCUGAGAGGUCCUCGGACCGGACCCGGCGCUGGGACGACUGGGUGGCGGCUCUGCGGCGGCCCCAUAGCUGGUACGAGCCCCUGCAGGAGGAGGCGACCAGACCGGAGACCCCAAGAGAUGACAUCAUGGAGGGGGCGGGGCACAAAGAGGAGGUGAAUAGAGGAGUAAAGAUGGAGGUUCAGAACACAACAGAACCUCAGAGACACAAAGCCUCUCUGUCUAACCUGUCUCUGCUGUCACACAUCAAGGAGGCGUUAUCAGACUCCGACAGAAUCAGAAUCCUCCAGCAGCAGAAUGAGGACCUGCGGCGCCGCCUAGCUCUCUCCACCCACAAGAUGGAGGCCAUGGAAGCGGAGUUUGACGGCAGCCGUCACUACAUGGAAGCGGAGCUCAGCCGGACCCGAGACGACCUGGACAAGAUGAGGGACAAGUUCCGCAGACUCCAGAACAGCUACACGGCGUCUCAGAGAGCCAAUCAGGAUCUGGAGGAGAAGCUUCAUGCUCUGCUACGGAAGGUGGAGAGGGACAAAAAGACAAUGGACCAGGAGAUCGUGGAGCUGACCAACAAGCUGUUGGACGCCAAGAACACCAUCGACCGUCUGGAGGAGCUGAAUGAGCGCUACAGGCAGGACUGCAACCUCGCCGUGCAGCUGCUCAAAUGCAACAAGUCACAUUUCAGGAACCACAAGUUCGCUGACUUGCCGUCGGAGCUUCAGGACAUGCUGAACAAACACAUGAAGAGCAGUCUACCUGAGCGUGGCUCUGCCCCCCAGGACCCGGACACGCUCAGUCUGACUCCAGCCGACGUGGUGCCGACCUCGGUCAUCGCCCGAGUCCUGGAGAAACCGGAGCCGCUGGUCCUGAACUCGGCCCAGUCCAGCAGUUGCGGCCGGCCCGUGGCGGAGGACGUCUUCGUGCACGUGGACAUGACUGGACCGGCGGGCAGCGCCGAGGGCCGGGCCGGGCGGGAGAACGGCGGCCGGGAGACGGCGCAGCAGAACGGCUCCUGUCGCAGUCAGAGCAGUCUGGACGAGGAGGGGGGCGGAGCCUCGUCUUUCGAGAAGCUGAACCCAUACCCGGCCCCGCCCCCGCCCCACCCCCUCUACCCCGGCAGGAAGGUCAUCGAGUUCUCCUCCGACGACAAAGUCAAGAUCCCCAAGAACUCCCCACUGCCCAACUGCACCUACGCCACACGGCAGGCCAUCUCCCUGAGCCUGGUGCAGAACGACGAUGAGCGGCCGCCCGGGAGCCCCGCCCCCUCCUCCUCCUCUGGGGGCGGAGCCACUCAGCACACGCCGCCGUCUCAGCGUGACGUGGCCAGUGAGCCGUUGUCGAGCCAGUCCAGCCCCUUCAGCAGCCCGCCACAGGCACCCAGCGUCAUGGCGAGCUCUGGCAGCUCGGAGGAGGACCUGCUCGCCAACUGGCAGCGCAUGUUUGUGGAGAAGAUGGCGCCGACGUGCGAUGGCUCGCUGGUGCACCGCACGUCUUUCAGCAGCCAGACUGCGCAGGAGCUGCAGCGCCGCAGGCCGGCGGCGGGUGGCGGGGCCUCCUCCUCCGACCACCACCGGGCGGCGUACUCGGACGGCGAGGAGGGAUCGUCGGCGCGGAGCUGGACGCCGAGUCGUGGCUCCAGCCUCGACACCGACACAGACACGGAGCCGCGGCCCGGUGGGAGGGGUCGCUAUGACGAUGCCGAGGAGGGGGAAGGGCUGCUGAUGAACCUGGAGGACGACGGCGGCAGCGGCGACACUGCAGUCACCGUGGUUACCGCAGACGUCCGGAGGGAGGAGGACGAAGAGGACGAGAGCUCCACCGAGGAGAGAGAUGUCCUCCCCCACGACCUGCCUGUCAUCUCGCCCCGCCUCCUCGACUUUGACCCCGCCCUCACCGCCGCCCCGCAGCGCCCACAGAAGAGCCCCAAGAGGAUGGGCGUGCAUCACCUGCACCGGAAGGACAGCCUGACGCGAGCACAGGAGCAUGGCACACUGCUCGACUGACACGCCUCCACGGCAACCGACUUGGCACCUAGCAACAGGCCACGCCCAUCCAGGAUAUAGCCAUACUCUAACGUAUGCUGCGCAGCCUCACCUGUGUGUGUGUGUGUGUGUGUGUGUGUGUGUGUGUGUGUGUGUGUGUCGCAUGGUGUCCAUAUACUUUUGGAAUGUUGUGCACUUUAAGUGCGUGUUUCCAUCCAGUAUAUGUACAUGUCCAAAAGUAUGUGGACAGCAGCGUUAAAUAAUCAGUGUUAAAAUCAAUAUAAUUGAUUGGUUCUGAUCAGCUGAUUGAUUUAUCUCAGUUUGUGUAUCUGUUAACUUUCACACAAACAUAGAAGCAUUUAUUUUUGUUUGCUAAAAUUAGGUUGACAGUAUUUUUAAUCUAAAAUUAAUCAGAUUAAAUCAGACCUGCAGUUUAUCUGAGGAUUUAUUACAGAUUCAGUCAAAUGGAAAAUCAGAUUUACUCAAACGUGUUCAUCUCUUCAUGUAUGUUCAGGUGUCUGCAUACCAACACAACAUACAUGUACACAAGUAUAUGGACACCUGGGGAAAAGAGACGUGUGUGUGUGUGUGUGUGUGUGUGUGUGUGUGUGUGUGUGUGUGUGUGUGUUCUGCAGUCGACAAAAACAAACAAACUUUACGGACGUCUUUGCCUUCUUUCCUGGCCAGGAGCUUUUAUUUUGAAGGUCAGACUUUUACUUUGACGUGUUCUUUUGUCAGCUCCUCGGUUUGCCCUUUGACCCUGACCCCCCACUGUGACUGUACCUGCGGGGGUGGGGUAGGGGGCGGAGCUUCUCCACACCUGGAAUGUAACGUUUCCGUUGUUUUUGUUUAGUUUUCUGUUGUUGUGAACUCUGAGUGUCGAUCCGUUAUUACAAAUAAUUAUUAUUGCUUUAUUGAUUAUCGGUUCUGCUCAGUUUGUGUUUUUAUGUUCUCACUAUGGAGGCCUGUUGGUGCCACAAAUGGAGACAUUAUUGCCUUUGAUUAUUCAGUCUUUAAAAAAUGUUGCUGACACCAUGAAUCAGACGCAGCUGCAGCGCCCCCUGCUGCAGCUCUCUGUUUCUGGCUCCUUCAGGCCUCCACAUGGUGGCGCUCUGUCUCUCCUUCUCUUUCGUGGUAGUGAAUGUCGGCUCGUCGCCUCACAGCUCUGAUUGUGACUCAAGGAUCAAUAAUGGAGUCAUUGAUCCACUGACCGAUUGGAAGUCGAUCAACUGCAGAUUGAUCGACACGUAUAGUUCCUCUUCACCCGACAGGACGGAGUUUUUAGUGUCAGAGUAUUGAUCAGUGUCUGUAUUGAUCAGUGUCUGUAUUGAUCAGCGCUGGAUAUUGAUCGACUGUUGAAAGUCUCGAUCACCGAAUGUUUUCUUGUUUCAGAGUUCAGAUUAAAGCUUCAAUCUGAAGCUACAACACAUCUCACUUAUUGAUUGUUUUUAUCGAUCAGUCGAUCAUUGAUCACAGGUUUUGUUUCAGCAUUUUGUCCAGAAACCAGACGUUCUGUUGUCGACAAAUCAAAGAUUCAUUAGUAAAUGUUUUCCAGUUUUCCUUGAAGAGUUAAGUGAUUGGCUGAUUAAACAACUGACCAAUUUUCAUCGAUCAGGUUAACUAACCAAUCAAUAACCUGAUCAGAAACAAACUGAACAUGAAGCUCAGAAGCCAUCUAGAAUCAUUCAGAACUCAUUAGAACUUUUACCAAUCAGCUGGUUCUGCUGCUUUAACGGUCAGAGUGCAUGAUGGGGCACGGUGUCCUGGUCAGCCUGGAUGGAGCUUUUGACUGCACCACAUGGUCUUCCUCCGCUGUUAAAGGGCUGUUAGGUAACUUCCUGUCUGCAGGUGUAAAUAAAACAUGGCGGAGCUCCGAGCUGUUCAAACAUUUAAAAGCCGCAGCAGCUGAAAGUCCCACUCUGAUGCAGACACUCGAACUCACCGCUGCUCUGGUUUCUGCUGCUGCUAAAUUAUUCACACUGUUCCGUCUCAGUGCUGCAGCAGUCUGAGGGUGAAGGGUUCUAUCUCUGUGAAGACAGUCUGGAGGUCUCACCUGGUUCAGGUUCAUCGUCCUGUCCAGGAGAGUCGUCAUGGGACUGAAGGUCCUCGCAAACAUACAAACACCUGAUGUGGAAAUGUGUUUGUCUGUCCAUCUUUGUGAGGAUCGUUGUUCAUUUGGACCAUGUGGGGACGUUCCUGCCUUGUGGGGACGUUCCUGCCUUGUGGGGACGUUCCUGCCUUGUGGGGACGUUCCUGCCUUGUGGGGACCUGGUUUGGGUUCAAGUCAGUCUGAUGGUUCAUCAUGAGACUGAUGGUCCUCACAAAGACAGAGACACCAGAGUGUGUGUGAGUGUGUUAAAUAUUUAAUCAUCAUAUGUUCAGGAAGACAGACGAGUGUGUGUGUGUGUGUGUGUGUGUGUGUGUGUGUGUGUGUGUGUGUGUGUGUGUGUGUGUUCGCGUUUCUGUUGGCGUAUGUUAAUGUGCGUGUGUUAACGUGUCUGUUAAUGUGUGUUAGAGUGGGUUGCAUAUGUGUGUGUUAACGUGUGUGUCAGCGUGUGUUGGCUAGCGUGUGGUACUGUGGGUAUAAAUAGUUGCUACAUCUGGACUCGUGCAUCUUUAAUGACUCUUCAUGAAUAUAAUCGUUGUCUUCAUCUCUGCUUCUCUUUUAUUUCUCCUCUUUGUCUUUCUGUCGUUCCUUCUUUAUCUUUUCUUCAUCUUCGCUUUCAUUCUCCAAGUCUUUUCUUCUCCACUGAAUGUUGGGUUCGGUUCUUUCUGGCCGAUGAAGACCAUGUUGUGAGGUUGAAAACUCCAGAGCUCUGCAGGUUUCUGGGUCAUUUAUUAAUAAAUUAUUAGUCUUUAUUGAUCACUAAUCAUUAAUAGUUUAUUGUCUGAUCGGCUGUUAGAACAAUAAAAACUGUUUAAGAUGCUCUGAUUCAAUCUCAGAGUUUAGAGUCGAUCCGAUCCAGGAGUUUAACUGAUCGGCAUCGACCCUCAGCUGGAUUCUUAGUUUACAUCAGCUGGUGUCAUAAAAAGACAGAACCCUAAACUCAUCCAGGGCCUGGUGGUCGUAGGAGAAGUCCGUCUGGUUUCUCCUGAAGCUCCUACGACUAAAAGGUGGAACAUUUCAGGUCAUGAGCCUCCUUUGUCAUGGUGCCUGUUACUGUUAACUCCCACAAUGCUCUCUGCUUUAACCUUCUCUGGUCUCUACAAGAUUAAAUAGAAAGAGGCUCCACCUGCUGGAACAACCAGGAACUACAGCUGAUCUACAUUUACUGACAUCAUGGAGAGAAAACAGGUUUACUGCAGUGCAUCCUACCAUCUAGUACUACAUCCUACCAUCUAGUACUACAUCCUACCAUCUAGUACUACAUCCUACAGUCUAGUACGACAUCCUACCGUCUAGUACGACAUCCUACCGUCUAGUAUGACAUCCUACCGUCUAGUACGCCAUCCUACCGUCUAGUACGACAUCCUACCGUCUAGUACGACAUCCUACCGUCUAGUACGACAUCCUACCAUCUAGUACGACAUCCUACCGUCUAGUACGACAUCCUACAGUCUAGUACUACAUUCUACCAUCUAGUACUACAUGCUACCAUCUAGUACUACAUGCUACCAUCUAGUAUGACAUCCUGCCUUCUAGUACGACAUCCUACCAUCUAGUACGACAUCCUACCAUCUAGUACUACAUUCUGCCAUCUAGUACGACAUCCUGCCUUCUAGUACGACAUCCUACCAUCUAGUACUACAUCCUACUGUCUAGUACUACAUCCUGCAGUCUAGUACUGCAUCCUACCAUCUAGUACUGCAUCCUGCCAUCAAGUACUACAUCCUACCAUCUAGUACUACAUCCUGCAGUCUAGUACUACAUUCAGAUGGUGUUCUACUGGAGUUAAUUUAAAUAAACAUUAAUAAACUUUAGUUGAAGUGUGUAUUUUCAGUAUUUGUGCCUCUGUAUCAACAGAUUGUGAAUAUUAAAUGAUUUACAUCAGAUCAGGACAGCCCUACUUCUGCCUCCCUUUCAGAUUAAAAGCUGCGGUUCUCCGCUGAUCUGAGGUCAGUUAACUCUCCUUAUUAAUACACCGUGUCCCAGCGUGCAUCACUGUGACGUCUGGAUGCGACACUAAAGUUGGAAACUCAAGACGUCUAAUGAUUUUUCUGACUGCACGUUUAAGUCGAGUUUUUCAUGAGUUUGUUUCUGGACAGAAACUCUGAGACAAAGCCAGAUCUGAAUUCAUGUUGAAUGUUUUCUUUGUGUCUGAUCUCCGUCUGAAUGUUCCGUAUUUGGAUGAAGUUAAACAUUCAGGACUUGGCAUCAACGCCUCAAAUUAAAAAUCCACGUUUUUCUUUUUUCUGUGACGAAGCAAACGUUUGUCUCUCCUCUGGUCUGAAAACGCUCCAGAUCUGAGAAUGUUUGGGUUGAAGCUGCAUCAGUGGCUCUGAACAGGACUGAAGACAGGAGGUCGGAGCUUCCUCACAGCAGACUCACCUGAGGACACCUGAGGAUGAAUGUACUGUGGAACGAAGCUGUUUCAGCGUGAUGUUCUGGUGUAGCCCCGCCUUCCUGCUCUCCACUCACAGGUGCUGCUGGCCGCUGUUUGUUCCAUCGCAGAGAAAGACUGUUAAACUGUACUGAUUUUAUUUUUCUCAAUUUGUAAACCAAUGUAUAUUUUAAAACAAAUAAAAUAUUUUAAACUUAA